AUCCGGGGUUGAGCUUCCUGGGUCACAGCUGCUGCUUCAUCUGUAGUGUCCAAAAGCCAGACUGAGCUGCUGCUCCCCAGUGGGGUGUGUGCGGAGAGAGCCCUUCCCUAGCGCCCCUCUGUGCCCAGCCGGGGGGACUCUCUGCGGGGGCUGGAACCAGCCCCGGGCUCUGCCGACACCAGCUCCUGAGCCGCAGACUCCAGCCGGAUUUCCCGUCACCAAGCCUGAUGUGAUCUCCUGGAUGGAGCAGAGGAAAGAGCUGUGGACCCCAGAUCUGCAGGACUCUGAGGAACUGGAACUCCUGAGUGAUGUCUGCACAGCAGGUGAUGGUACGGGGAGUGAGAGCGAGGAGGAGACCCCUCAGCAGGAAGAUCCCAAGCCAGGGAAACCACAUGGCGUGGUAUCAGGAAGAGCCGAAAGGGACGUUUCCCAGAGUCCUGAGCAGGGAAACCCUCGAGGGACAGGAAAGAGCAGAUCAUCCCACCCGGGCAGAGGUGUCAAUCAGCUCAAAGAUGUCGGGGAGCGGCCCUACCGGUGUGAGGACUGCGGGAAAAGCUUCAGCAGCAGCUCAGCCCUCAUCAUCCACCGACGGAUUCACACUGGGGAGAGACCCUACAAGUGCCCCGAGUGUGGGAACAGCUUCAACCAGAACUCGGCGCUGAUCGCACACCGGCGCAUCCACACUGGCGAGAAGCCAUACGAGUGCCCCGACUGCGGGAAGCGCUUCAGCCACGGCUCCACCCUCAUCAAGCACCAGCGCACCCACACAGGCGAGAAGCCCUACCAGUGCGAGGAGUGUGGGAAGUGCUUCAGCAUCCGCUCGACCCACGUGCGGCACCAGAAGACCCACACAGGCGAGCGGCCCUAUGUCUGUGGAGAGUGCGGCAAGAGCUUCAGCGACAGCUCCUACUUUGUGCAGCACCAGCGGGUCCACAUGGGCGACAUGCCCUACGCCUGCCGGGACUGCGGGAAGAACUUCAUCUGGAGCUCAGCCCUGCUGCGGCACCGACGCAUCCACACUGGCGAGAAGCCCUACAUCUGUGGUGACUGCGGGAAGAGCUUCAGCGAGAACUCCACCCUGCUGCGGCACCGACGCAUCCACACUGGUGAGAAGCACUACAAGUGCACCCAGUGCGGGAAGAGCUUCAAUGACAGCUCCUCCCUCAUGCGGCACCAGCGUGUCCACACUGGGGAGCGCCCCUACCAGUGCCCCCAGUGUAGCAAGAGCUUCGUGGACAGCUCCACCCUCAUCUGCCACCAGCGCACCCACACCGGCGAGCGCCCCUACACCUGCCCCGACUGUGGCAAGAGCUUCACCGAGAGCUCCACCCUCAUCACCCACCACCGCGUGCACACAGGAGAGCGGCCCUACACCUGUCCUGACUGCGGCAAGAGCUUCAGCCAGAGCUCCAACCUCGUCACCCACCAGCGCAUCCACACUGGCGAGCGCCCCUACGCCUGUGCCCAGUGUGGGAAGAGCUUCUACCGUAGCUCGGACCUCAUCCGACACCACAGGACCCAUACGGGGGAGAAGCGCUAUAAGUGCCUAAUUCUCCUUCUCACCCUGACAGGCUGCAGAGUAACAUCCAAGUCUAGAUUGUCCCAUUCCCCCAGAGGGAAGGGAAGGGAAAUGUCUACAGUAGAACCAGUGACCUUUGAGGAAGUGGCUGUGUAUUUCACAGAGGAAGAGUGGGCUCUGCUGGACCUGAGUCAGAGAGCAUUUUACUGGGGUGUCAUGCAGGAGAAUUAUGAGACUGUGACCUCGCUGGCAGGAUUUCCAAUUUCCAAAUCUGACAUGAUCUCCCGGCUGGAAUGUGAGGAGAAGCCAUGGGUCCCUGAUCUUCAGGGUUACGAGGAAAAAGAGAUCCUGAGAAACAUUCACACAGCAGGUAGUGGGACGGUGAGUGCGAACAACGAAGAAAAUCUUCAGCAGGAAGGUCCUGAUCAAGUGGAACCAUACACGAUGGUAUCGGGAAGAGCCGAAGGGCAUGUUUCCCAGAGUCCUGAGCAGGGAGAAGCCCGUGAGAGGCAGCGGAGGCCAGAGAGGCAGCAGAGAAACCAGCCAGGGGGUAGAUGGGGUAAAUCCACCCAGAGAAGCAGAAGGGUAGAGGAAAUCAGAGAGAUUGUUCAACCGAGGAUCCCUGCUGGAGAGGGACCCUUCACCUGUGGUGAGUGUGGGAAGAGCUUCCGUUGGAGAUCUGUUCUUAUUAUUCACCAGAAAAUCCACAUGGGAGAAAACCCCUAUAAGUGCCCGGACUGUGAGAAAAGCUUCAGCAAGAGCUCAGACCUCAAUCUUCACCAGAGAAUCCACUUGGGGCAGAAAUCCUACAUAUGCACUGACUGUGGGAAAAGCUUCCCUCAGUACCACCUCCUUACUUCCCAUCAGAGAACCCACACAGGAGAGAGACCCUACAAAUGCCCCGAGUGCGGGAAGAGCUUCAGUCAGAGCUCACACCUUGUCAUUCACCAGAGAACCCACACUGGUGAGAGACCCUACAAAUGCCUGACCUGCGAGAGAUGCUUUGGUGAUAGAUCGCAAUUUAAGACCCACCAGAGGAUCCACACGGGAGAGAAGCCCUACAAAUGCCCACAGUGCGAGAAAAGCUUCAGUCGGAACUCAUACCUAGUUAUACACCAGAGAACCCACACGGGAGAGCGACCCUACAAAUGCCCCGACUGCGGGAAAAGCUUCAGUGACAAGUCACAUUUUAAUACUCACCAGCGAAUCCACACAGGAGAGAUGCCCUACAAAUGUCCCGAGUGUGGGAAAAGCUUCAGGAGGCGCUCAUACCUGGUUACACACCACAGAACCCACACGGGAGAGAGACCUUAUAUAUGCCUGACCUGUGCAAAAACCUUCAGUGAUCGAUCUCAUUUUAGAAAACACCAGAGAACCCACACGGGAGAGAGGCCCUACAAAUGCCCUGAGUGCGGGAAAGGCUUCUGUCUGCGUUCAGACCUUAUUAUACACCAGAGAACCCACACAGGAGAGCGGCCCUAUAAGUGCAGCGAGUGUGGGAAAACGUUCACUCGGAGCACCUACCUUUUUUCACAUCAGAGAAUCCACACGGGGGAGAAACCACAGAAGUGUUCUAGCUAGGGAUGGGCCAAGUGAAUGACAUCUCUGCCAGUUCCCACAGUCUCAGCGAGUCAGGCCAGGCUGGAGUGGCCGUGUAAUGAGGAUAUGUAAUGGUUAUCAAAGUAGAGAAUGGAACCACCUUUCUGGGACAGAGUCGUGCAGAGCAGGAGGCUGAGAUAAGAUUUCCAUGUUGUGAUGGGAUUUGAUUAUUACAUCUCAGAAAGCUCUGAAUGUCCUGUGAUCAGCUCCUACAUCUAAAUCAAUUACCUGCAAUUGGCCAGUUCCCCGUGUAGUGUGGGAGCACUCUUAGAUUCCUUGUUGACACUAAGCUCUCACAUAGCGGCCCCUCUGAGUAAUGUUUUCUCUCAUCUCUAGUUGACUAGGAGACUCUGUCCCAUCCUGGCGGACAAUAAGCUGGCCUCAAUUGUUAUUUACACCUUUGUCAUCUGUUGGCUGGACUACAACAGUGCUAUAGACCUGGGAAUGAAAGCGUCAGCACUUAGGAAAUUCCAGCUAGUACAGAACACUGCAGCACUUCUCUUGACAGAGACUAUGCAUGGACAAAUCAGGCCUGCCCUCAGUCUCUACUCUGGCUUCCCAUAGAAUAUUGAAUCAAGUUCAGGUCUCGAUUCUUAUCUUCAAGUUGCUUCCUGGCCUGCUAGGGGCAAACCAGUGCCUCAGAUGCUGUAGGCAUGGGGCUGUUUUUUCAUAGGAUUUGCAUGAGGAGCCGAAUAGCUCAGUGACGAUCUAUUCAUGUGACAAUGGGGCGCCCCAUGAAAAACAUGCUUCACACAGGCAUUUGCAACUGACAUUUUAUUUACAACCCCCACCCCCCCCUCACUUUUAUUUUAUUUUAUUUUUGCAUCAGCAGUUUUGUUCCCAAAGCACCCUCUAACUUAGGUAUUUUACAAACCGUUUUUAUUUAUUUUUUUCCCCAACAGGGCUUUGUAAUUUGCUGAAGGAAGAGGAGGUUCAAGAUUCUGCAUUAAGCAUUUAUCUGAGCGUCUGAUUAUUUUAUCUAACACUUUAUCUAGGUCUCUAGCAUCUGUCACAUUGUUCACCCACUCCACUGCUUGAGCACAAUAUUCCUGGGUUAAACAGGCACAAAUAUGGCAACUUGUACAAUCAAAAGCGUAACAAUUUGAUCAGUUAUGGGUUAGCACAGUCUCCAUGCCAGAUUUCUUCCUCAGAGUUAGAUAGUAUGUAUCUAUAGAAUCAGCAUCCCCUUUUCUAUUGGUAUCCUACAGACGUAGGGGUUCUGGGGGUGCUGCCACACCCCUUGGCUUGAAGUGGUUUCCAUUAUAUACAGGUUUACAGUUUGGUUCAAUGGCUCUCAACACCCUCACUAUAAAAACUGUUCCUGCACUCCUGCCUACGGAGCAUCUGGUUUUGGGCCAGGGCAAAAGCACGCCAGGCCCAGACUGUUUGUUCCUUCUUGGCUUUCGGCGGACACAUUCUCCCAGGUCUCUAAAGAACCAUCACUCAGCUGCUGAGAGAUUUAAAAUAAGAAAUGCAGAUAAGGGCAUCAUAUUAGUUUUUAUACUGUGCUUGAAAAUCUUUCCUUUGUGUGUCAAGAGACCGCUUCAGAUCAGGUGUUUUGUUUUUUUUUAAAUUGCCUUGGGAUGGUCUCACUCCAUUGACCUUUCAGCUGGAAGCUGAACACGUGAGUCCACUGAGCUAGCAUGGCCAGGUCCUAUUACCAGCCCUCUCCAACCCACCCCCCUCUGUUUGAGUUGGGGUAUCCUGGUUGGGAUCUGGAGUGUUAAACCAAAGUUGGGUCAGCGGUCUGGCCUCAUGCUUCCCCUCUGCACUGUCUUGAUAACCUUCAUCAGCUGCUCUCCCCAUUGCCCUGCUUCCAUGACGUGCUUCCAGAGUGGCACGCACUGGUUGUGCCAAGGGUAUAUUGGUUCCUUCCAUUCCCACUGUUUCCUCUGUCUGAUGUCUCUUCAUGAGCUGUUUGAGUGCCAGUGCUGGCGAGACUUAAUUCAAGGGACUGUGAGGAGCCUCCAUCUUUAACUCACAGACCUUUUUGAAUGGCGUGUUCUCUUUUAUAUGAUGGUUGCACAGUACUUUCUAAGCCAAUAGUUUUAGGGACAAUGCUUUAAAAGGCCUGGUCUCCUCCUAGGUAAGGAGCAACUUCUGAUCAGUGCAUAGUGGGAUGGAGACCAUUGUAAAAAGGGAAGGAGUGAGGGUGAAGACGUUUGAACACUUUGUUUUGUAUUUUAUAGUUUAUACUUGUUGAAAGGUUACAGUUCAUUAAAAACAAAAGGCAUACACACCCGUUCCACUGAAAAGGGCCCUAUGUUCUUGUAUGAGGGGGAAGGGUUUAUGGGAAGUGGUGUACCCUGAACCAGCUGGCUCCCGUUUGCUUCAAAUCUCCUCUUCAAUUACACCCUCUUCUACUUCAACUAUGCCUUUUAAUUCCUCCUUAGUUUCUCUGCAUUACAGCUGUACUCGCCAUAACACAGUUUUCUGUAAUUUCUCACUUCUAUCAUCUACUGUCUUGUAUUAUUUGACAUUAUAAAAUAUCUAGGGGCUUGUACACACUACCACUUCUGUCAGUGUAACUUAUGUCACUCAGGUGUGUGAAUAAGCCACCCCUCUGAGCGACCUAAGUUACACCAACCUAAGUGCCGGUGUCUACUACCUCUUGUGGAGGUGGUUUUAUUAUGCCAAUGGAAGAACUCUUGCCCAUCGACUUGAGAGCAUCUUUACCAGAUGCACUACAGCAGCGCAGCUAUAUCAGUGCAGCUAUGCCGCUCCAGCACUUCUAGUGUAAACUAGCCUGAGGUGACACAUUGUGUAAAAGUAAAAUGUAAAGUGUUAUAUAAGAACAGGGAAAACUUGACUCUUUAGGACUUCUUCAAUGUGAUGAUAAAAAAGGAAUUAUUGCUCUGCACAAAUACCACCACAGAGUAUCACCAAGUAUGUAAUCCUCCCAAUGAUUUUGUUACUGUUAUUUUAUUUAUUUAUUGUUACUAUUUCUGAUAGGCCAGGACAAAGUGAUUGGAAAGAUUGGCAAAACAAUAGGGGGAAUAAAGCUUCAUGAAGCUCGGGAGAGCUUCUGUGUGACAAAUGCCUGUGCGAAAGCCUGACAAUUAAUGAAGAAUGCAUACAGUAGUUUCACUAAAAAGUAUUUCAAACAAAUGUCAAAUUUCCCCUAAAAUCCAAGCCAGCUCUCUUAUCCCUAAACCCUGUUUUUUCAUGUUAAUCUUUUAAAAGUUAGGAUAGUUUGUAUUUUAAAACUUUAUUUGAUGUGAUUAAAAAUUGUGUGGUUAGCAGAAGAUGGUAGUUGUAGAUAAAAGAAAAGUCAGGUAAAGAAGCGGUGGGGGGGUGGGCAUGGAGGGGCAUGUUUCUUUAGAUGACAGUGCCAGGCUGGAGAUUUUAUCUCUGUCCCUGUCUUUUAAAAUUUCAUGUUUUGAUUGUAAAAUCCCCCUGUAAAUGUGGGUGGGUGGGUGGUUUUUUUAAUACAGUAUCCCAGAAUUUAAAACUUUCUUCACAAUUCACAAAAUGAUGAGCCUAUUAAAAGUCCUACGUCCUGUAUUUGUAAAGAGAUUUAGAGAAGUUUUUGUCUGAUGGGUGUUUCUUCAUACUGGGAAAUUCAUUUCGGCAAAAUUUAAAAAACAAGCUAAUGCUUUUUUUUUUUCUUUCUCCAAGUUGGGAUAGUCUCUCUUUUAAACAUUGUAUUGGCAUUUUCAUCUAAUAAGACACUUCUUCUUUCGGUAAGACAAAAUCAUAAUGUUGUACGAGAGGGGACUGGGGUGGUGCUAGAAGUUACAAUAUUAAAGGCUCUAUACAAUGUAAAGUUUUAUAUCUGCACAGGGCAAUUAAUUCUGUGGGGCCGCUUCAGUGUGGUGAAAAAUAAAAUGGGGUGGGUGAGUGGGUGGAGUAAUUGUUUUGCAGAUAGCUCUAUAAAAUAUUGGUACAAAUGUAAAGACGCUGAUAUAUUUUCAUUAUAUCACAGGGCUUUUUUUAUUAGUCCAAAGGGUCUGGUGUUGGCGUUUUGCAACAGUGUCACAGCACAAUUCUCUCAAUGUCUUUGCUCCCCAUCUUGCUUUUAGAUGUUUAGUCACUGCUAUUCUGUGAGGCUCCGAUGUGUGUCUCAUGGCACUAACAAAAGUUGUUGUUGCUUCGGAGGUACUUCUCUAAAAUAUCACUAGACAUAUAAAGACCAGGAGAUUUUGAUUGUGGUACAGUGUUCUCCAUCUGAGUCAGUUAUGACCAGUCUUGCAGUUUUGCCCCUGUAUGUAUACCCAUUCCUCCUGAUGCCUUUGGAAGUAUUUAUGUAUUUAGUAUUUCUGCCCUUCUGUGAAAAAGUGACUAGAAAAAUAACAGUGGGAAUGUAAUGCCUGAUGAGGUUGGGGAGAGCUUAUGUAUGAUGUGCUUUAACAUGGGUAAAUGCAUGACAACUAACAAAGAAUGGAUACAAAGUUUUCACUGAAUAAAAAUUUCAAACAAUCAUGAAAAUGUCUCCUAAAAUCUUGGGCAACUCUUAUCCUCAUGCCCUGUUUUUUCAUGUUACCUUCAAAAGUCUGCGUAAGUGUGUGAAUGUGAAUGUGGAUGUUCUCGUCUGUUUCAUUUUAUAUAAUUUCUAAAUGUGCCAUGUAAGUUGUUAAUGCAAAAUAUGUACUGCUAAAGCAUUUAAAAUAAAUUGAAUCUUAAGGACACUUUAUUUGUAGCUACUGCCUCUCAAAGACUUAAAAUCGAGGGUUUUUCUAAUGCUCCAUUGUUGUUUUUAUUGUAUUUAUGAAAUCCAAUAUGCUAAAUGUGGCAUAGCUAUGAAAUAGUAUGCUCUUUGGCUUGAAUAAAUGCUUAAUUGUUUCGGGAAGGAGGAGGAGAUAGAGAAAUUCCUGAGACUUCAUUUUGAAUAAGCAAGAGUCACUCCACUAUUGGAAGCUGCAGGUCACAUGAUAUUUAUGGAAUAUGUGCAACCAAAACUAGGGGAGAGGUCAGCAGAUCAUAACUCUGAGGUAAGCGAUGGCACUGAGCAUUUGUGGAAUGUUGGUAUUGAGCAUGUGCAGUAAAGAUCACAAAAAACACCAGGCCAUUCAAACAAACGUGAAUGUAGUAUACUGGGGGAAAAAAGGCAUCUAGAACUGUUUUGACAGGACAGUAUAAAAGUCGAUGUCAGUGGGUAGCAGACAGUACAGAUAGAGCUGAGGAGAGAAGAGUGGACAAGAGGAGUCUCGAAGAAGGCAGCAGAAGCAAGCAGGGACACCAGAAGGAGUCCUGUGUCAGCAGACAGAGUAAAUCUGCCAAUUAUAAUUAUAGUUAUAGUAUAGUGUUAGUGAGUACGUGUAUAUGUCUGCGUUAAAGCUGUAAUAGUGUGUGUUGAUAGUGAAAGAAAUGUAUGAGAUUUAAACCAUUUAAAAACUGCUGUUAGCAACCUAGAACAGACUGGCCAUCUGUAACAGGGUGCAACCACUUAGAAUCAUUUCAAACAGUAAGGUAAUAUGGUUUGGGGUGCUCUUUUACUUGUUAUACACGAUUUGUGUUUGUAACAUCAAUAAGGGGAUUGUUAGUUUGUUAUUGUAUUAGGGAUUCUUAUUUGC